CUCAGGGCUUUGGCCACAUCGGAGCAGGGGGAGAUGGCUGCAGGGAAGGCGUGGAUGGACCCCCGGUUGUGCUGGACAUCCCUGCAGCAUCCGAGGGCAGACAGCCCGAGAUCCCACCCUUCCCCACGCCGGAGCAGCCGGCUCAGCCCUUCCCUGCACGGCAGCGCUGCGGGGCCGCCCUUGGCCUCGGGGGAUCUGGCGUUGCAUGGGACACGUGGGGAUGUGCCUGGAGCCUCAUCCCUUCCCCCGGGAAUCUCCUCCUCGCUCCCAGGAGCGCGGGGAUGACUCACGGGCUGUCUCUCGCACCGGGCGAUGCGCGCCCGCCCUGGGCAGGCGCUGAGCGGCAUCGGCCGAGCAGAGGGACACCCGCAGGGAUUCACCGGCUCCCACGGGAGGGAGAGAACCGGGAGCGUCCGUGGUCACUGCAGUCCUGUGAGCAGGGGUCGGGCUGUGCAGAACAGGGCACGCGUUCACCCCCGAGAGCUCCUCGGCGAGGGGGAAUCUUAUUAUUUCACUGACAGGCUGGCUAACGGCAUCGAGGAGCCAUGAACUGGGGGGUGUUCGAGGGGCUCCUCAGCGGCGUCAACAAAUACUCCACAGCCUUCGGCCGCAUCUGGCUSUCCCUCGUCUUCAUCUUCCGCCUCCUGGUCUAYGUGGUGGCGGCCGAGCGCGUCUGGAGCGACGACCACAAGGACUUCGAUUGCAACACGCGGCAGCCGGGCUGCACCAACGUCUGCUUCGACCACUUCUUCCCCGUCUCCCACAUCCGCCUGUGGGCCCUGCAGCUCAUCCUGGUGACAUGUCCGUCCCUCCUGGUCAUCAUGCAYGUGGCCUACMGGGAGGCCAAGGAGCAGAGGCGCCGUGAGGCCGGCGGGGACAAUUAUCGCUGUAUCUACCCCAACCCCGGCAAGAAGCGGGGAGGGCUGUGGUGGACAUAUCUGCUCAGCCUCAUCUUCAAGGCCGGCGUGGACRUGGUCUUCCUCUACAUUUUCUACCGCUUCUAUGAGAACUACACACUGCCUCGGGUGGUGAAGUGCGAGCUGCCGCCCUGCCCCAACGUGGUGGACUGCUUCAUCUCCCGGCCCACCGAGAAGAACAUCUUCACCGUUUUCAUGGUGGUCACCGCCUGCGUCUGCGUGGUGCUGAGCCUCGUCGAGGCUGCCUACCUGAUCGGGAAGAGRUGCUGUGAGCGCCUGCAGGAUGGCAGAGGGGACAGCCGGCGGCACAGCCACGACUGCCCGCUCUCCUGCGCCGACCCCGCGGGCACUGGCGGGCAGGUUUUCAAAGGGACAGACUACAAACCCGCCACAGCCAACAUCCCAGCCACGGCCUCCUGCCCCAGCACGCUGUCCGAGGAUGAGGCUCUUCCCUAGAGCUGCCCCGGAGAAGGCAGGAGCUGCUCACCUGCCCUGCAGCUUCAUCCUGYUCUUCCUCCUCCGUGCCCCAGUGGAGGAGCGAUGAGGGUGGCAGUGUGCUGGAGCUGGGCUGUGCCUGAGGGGUCUCUGCCUCUCCUGCCCCAGGAAAGGCAUUUCACGUCAUCCUGCUGAAUUUGGGGCAAACCAGGUGCUGUAGAACACUGCUGGGAGUGACAGGGACCAGCAGCUUCGUGGCAGCUGUGAACUGACAGUGGUGACCAGACUUUGAACCUGUACCAGCCAUGACAGACASCCUGAUCCCUCAGGAAACCUCUCACCCCAUCUCUCACCCUACAUCAGCCACACAGUGGGUGUCAGGGCCACCUCAGACUGAUGCAAUUGUCAUUAAUAACACUCAUUAGCUGAGUGGGGACAAGAGCAGGUCCCUGGUGUCGCAGCCACCGCGGCGAAGCGCAGGCGUGGGGAUCCGGCCGGGCAGGCAGCGCCCGCCGUGGGCUGCUGGAUCAUCCUGCUGGGCCAGAGGAAAACACCCGAGCAAAACACAGAAGAGGAAAAACACCCCAACCAUUGAUUAAACAGUAACAUCAAACAGCAGAAUCUCAUCUCGUUUAUUGUUGUAAUAUGUCGCGUUCAGCCGUGACACGGGYGGCGCUGCCAUUUCCGAGGCCAUCCGAGGCAGCUGAGCAUUAGCUGGCAUGAAUAAUUAACAAUAAUUUCAUGGCAAAUGCACUCACAAGUAACAUUAACACUGAACAUGCAGCUCGAUCUGUUACUGGUUUUGCUUUGCUUAGAGGGUGUGAUAAUUAUUUUUUCCAUGAGCAGCGGCGGUGCUGGCGCUCCCUGGCUCUGUCCCAAAGGA